CAUCUCAUUCUUACUGAAUUGAAAUUUUCGGUCAACUUCAUCACCCUUUCUAUCAUAUUUAUCUCUCUAAAAACCAAACAAUGACAAGCAAGAGAGGAGAGAAUUGGAAAGUGGAGGAAGAUAAGAACUUGUGCAAUUCUUGGGUCAUGAUAUCAUAAGAUGGAGCCGUGGGCAUCAAUCAACGAACUAGAAAGUUUUGGGAUAGAGUGGCGGCGCAAUAUCGAGUCAACGCUCGAAACUCAUCUUGUACCAUCAAAAGCAUGUCUGGUCGAAUGGGCACAAUCACCAAAUUCUGUAAGUGUUGGAAUUCAGUUAUCCAAAGGGCAGAGAGGAAUCAACCAAGUAGCACGAAUCAACAAGAUGUGGUAUGAAUUAUCUGUCACUAUUGCUGUUAUUUUCUAACUCGCUCAUUAGUACGUGUGUUCUAUUUUCUAACUCCUUUUCUAUCUCAUUCAUUCAUACAUAUAGGAGUAUAUGGCAGACCAACUAUAUUUAAGUGAAACCGGAGAGAAGGGUUGGAAUUUUGGUCAUUGCUAAUGGAUCUUGAAGAAAUGCCAAAAAUUCCAUACUAUUAUAUCAUUGUCGUCUUCACAUCAAAACUCAUGAGUCAAGGUACUAAUGGUUCUCCCAUGGGUCAAGGUUAUCAAUCAACACCACAGACAGACCUCAAUGACACAGAAGGAGACGAAGAAACUCCACCCUUCGUCGGGGAAACUCCACCCUUCGUCGAAGAGACUCCACCCUUCGUCAUAUCUCGCCCUGCUGGACGCGACAAACAGAAGGCGGCUAAGAAGAAAGGAAAGGGGGUUGUUGAGUCAUCAGAGAGCUACACUGCUCAAUUGUUGGAGUAUGGAAGUGAGAUGAAAGAGAGGCAUGCUUCGAGGAUUGAGUAUGAGUGAAAAAGGAUGGAAUUCUAAGAAUAAAAAAUCAAAGCGUGACCAAGAAAAUUGGAAAGUUGAGAAAAAGAGAGGGAAACAACACUAUUUCUGGACAACCUUGAUCUUCUUGAAAAGGACUUGUCGAAGUUGACACCAAGAAAAAGGAGGUAUUACAAAAUUCAACAAAACCGGAUUCUAGGAUAUGAUCAAUAUGAUCCCAACUCUCUUCCCAACUAUUCAUCCAAUGCAAGUCAUACCGGAGGAGGAGAUGAGAGUGGAGGAGGAGAUUACAGGAAUUAUUGUUCCAUUCUAGGGGAUUAUUGACAUGUUAUGUGUUUCAUCUUUAUCAUUUCAAGUGUUGUGUGUUAUUUUUAAGCUUUAUCAUUAGCAAGUGUUGUGUGUAACCUCUAAGUUGUAUCAUUUAAAUUAUUAUGUGAACUCCUUUAGCUUUAUCAUUUUCAAGUGUUGUGUGUAAACCAAAAUUAGGUCCAUAAUUUUUUCGCCAAAACAAAUUCGGUCUCGGAAUUUAAAAAAAAUUCUAUCGGAAAAUUUGUAUCUUAAAAUGAUGACGAACUAUACAAAAAUUAACAUUAACAAAUUAUAUUAAGGUUUCGAUAAGUACAUUUUUAAGUAAAUGUAAAAAUGGAUAAAAUGGAGAUCCCCAAAUUUGAGGUUGGUAGCAUUGAAGCCAAAUUGUAAAAAAUGGGGACAAUCCCCAAAUUUGGGGAUGAAGGUCCCCAAAUUUGGGGUCUUGCAUUGAAGUUGGUCUUACAUUUCCCGAAAGAACACAUCCUUUCACAAAAAAAAGAUAGAUACCUUUCCCGAAUGGACACAUCUAUUCAUAGAAAAAGGGAAGUUAUCUUUAUGAAAGGACACUUCUUUUCACAAUAUACAAACGGUAAUUAAUUAAUAUAAAAAUAAUUAAUUAAUUAAACUGCCAAAACUCAAUUCUUAUACUUUCCUUCUCCAAUCAAUGUGGUAUUACAACUCUAUUGACUAACUCUAACAGUAGAACAAUCAAGUUGGAAUAUGCAUAGUUGCUAUAGAGAAUGAUUAUAAUGAAUUCAUCGAUAUCAAUCAGUUCUAAUUAGUCGCGUUGAUGAUACUUAAUAUUAUUGUAUAAUAAAAUUUGCAUUUUUCCAGAUAAAUGUCAAGAAAGAAACAAGUAUUAGAAGAGAUACCCCACCCCUAAAACAUUAAUCAAGCGCCAAAAAUCAAAAAGACACCAACUCUACCAAAGACAAGGAAAGAGUUUUGUGUGUCACUCUAUUGGCAGCCCAAUUAUCUACUCUAGGAACCGCUCUAACUCUACACCGUGGGAUAUGGCCGAGAUCAGGUUGAGACAAUCACGCAGCACAGUUCACAUAAGGAAUCUGAGGAGAAAUGUAACCUUUAUGGAGUUGAUGAAUAACAACCUCCGAGUCACCUUCAGGCUUCAACUACCACUCUAGCAAUAUGGCGACAAACCGCCAAGAAAAUGGCGUCACGAGCUUCAAUAAGCUAUGCAAGAUAAGGGUUUGAGAUACCAAAGUGAAGGAAACCAGAUACAAAAAGAGUGAAACCACUAGAAUUUGAAAUAAAAACUCCAUAAGAGGAAGCAUUCUAUCGCAUUGAUCUUAGGAGUGGGUAACGGAAAAUGGAUAUUUAGGUAUACACAUACUCGUUCCUUUUUUAGGACUACGGGUACCCAAAUACCCGUAAUUUUUUAUAGGAUGGGAUUUGAAAUAAAAGUGUUAUACAAUGUGAAUGGGUUACCCGUAUUACCCACCCAACUAUAAUGAUCCAUAGACUCUACCCUUUUAUCUAGGACAUGCUUGCUUCACGAGCAUAUCAGUAGUAGCAAUGAACAAUCACAGGAUGA